AUGAAGAAGGACGACUCCUACCGAAUCCGGGACCAACUCACUUCCAAAUGGAGCCACAUCAAUAAAAAAGUCCAAAAGUUUAUGGGAGUUUACGAGGAAUGCUCCCGGUCCCGGAGGAGCGGCACGAACGACGCCGAUGUUCUCCGGCUUGCCACGACCCGGUAUCAAGACGACGGGAACCAAGGCAAGGUGCCCAUGGAUCUUUGGAGGAUUUUGAGUCGUUCCCCGAAGUGGCAACAACUCAACAAUCCCGACGGCGGAUUGUUCCGGAAAAGAUCCACCGUCGAUGCCGAGGUUGAGGUCGACGAGACCAUCGGUUCUACCGAUCAAAUCCCUUCCUUCAACAUUGCGGCUUCCGAUGACGAGGACCCUAUUCCACGGCCGAUCGGAAGAAAGAAGGCAAAAUCUAUUGCCUCUGGUUCGGGAGGGUCCGCCUCUGUUUUCGCUUCUCCCCGCGACGAAAUCGGCCGGGCAAUGAUUGAACAACUUCGGGCGUUCAAUCUCCAGGAACAAGAGAGGUUGAAGCUAAAAGAGAAGGAGUUGAAGCUAAAGGAGCAAGAGGCCGAGAUGAAAGUCAUGCAAACCGACCCCGGGACUGCUCGUAAGAACAGAAUUAGCAGCACCAAACAGCGGGAGAACUCCGCGGCUGAUAGAUCGACGGCAACGAAACCAGUUAAACCAACAACUAUGGCGAUGCCCGUCGACUUCGGCGAUUCAGCCGCAAGCGGCGGAGGUGGGACCCUGUCCGGACUGUACCAGAACUCAAGGCGGCUAUUGCUGAAGACCAGAGAUGGAUUGGAGAAACUGGAGCGCUCACAAUAUGCGUCUUCCUCGGCCUUAUUCACGUCUUCAUCGAUCGCCUCGUCCUCGGGCGUAGAAUCUCCCAGUCAUCUGUUCGAUUCUGUCAGGAAGGACAUCACUCAGAUCCAGUUGCUAUGUUCGGAGAUGGACAGCCUUUGGCGUUCCAUUCCCGCCAAAUCUCAACGCGAUCUCUGGAAAAGAAAGGUGGAACAAGUGGCUGAAGAGGCUGAUUCUCUGAAAGACUGUUUGAAUAAAUACGAUCUUCGUGAUAGAAAACGAAUACAAGAAGCUCAAGAGAGAGCUGAGUUACUAGGAAGAGCUAAUGGAAGUUCAUCUCAUAUUCUUCGGAUUUUUGAUGAGGAAGCACAAGCAAUGCAGUCUAUCCGUAGAUCUUCAAAGAUGAUGGAAGAAACCUUUGCAACUGGUGCUGCUAUUCUCUCUAAAUACAGUGAGCAAAGGGACCGAUUAAAGCACGCUCAACGGAAAGCUCUGGAUGUGCUCAAUACAAUGGGACUGUCUAAUUCUGUAUUGAGGCUGAUCGAGAGGAGAAACCGUGUCGACAAGUGGAUCAAGUAUACCGGCAUGGUCGUGUCGGUCGUCAUCCUUGUCAUCGUGUGGAAGUGGACAAGGUAAGUGGUUUCUUAGAUGCUUGGAAUUGACACAGUGAAAGUUAAUAGACAAAACCAAUGUUGAGGGCCAUGACCAUAUCUUUUAGGUGUCUGAGGUUAAUUUUGGGAUUGCAUUCCAUUUCUACUUGUAAAAAUGUCACUUGUGAGUGGAUGAAAAGGCAGUGCCAGUGGUUUGUCAAUAGUAUUUGGGUGGGGGA